UUUCUGUGUGGAACGAGGCGAACUGAUGUGGAAACGUUUCGGACUACAAAGCAGGAACAGCGAGCGGGCAGACCUCUUCCUCUUAGGUAAACUGUAGGUUUAAUUACCACCGUGUUUACUGGUGCGCAACACCUCGGAUCCGCAAUGGAGAUACGCGAAACGCCAAACCAUCUACUUUCUGCCUCGUGAUUUAAAAGGCGAGUUUAAUUUUUAAUUUAGACUUUAUGAUGAACAUUUUUAUUUGUAAAGAAAACGGCUUUUCGACUAGAGGAGGUGGCUCGGGGGAGAUUUAAGGAAGACGCAUGUAGGCUACCGAGCACUUCCUAAACGUCUUGACUUGGCGCGUUUGGAUGACCGUCCAAAUUAGUGCAUUUUUUUUGGACGUAAGAAAGAUAACGUCUAAUCGUUGUGCGCGUGUCGCAUGCGUCCCAAUGGACCCGUUUGAAAGAGUUUCAAAGUGGUUCUUUAAGGUAGCUGUCGAUGCUUUUGUGUGCCUUUGAUUUCAGCCGGCCGCGGAAGCGCUUUAGAUUUAACACCUGCGAGACUGCCUCUCCGUAACUCUAUGAUCUAAUCUUAUUUCAGACACAACACCCUAACGUCACGGCCUCUGGACCCACACACGUGUAUGGGGCCCUGUCCAUUGUCUUUUUUUUUCUUCAUCUUUCACAGUUCCCGUGUUUUUAAAGUCAUAAGGUCUCAUAGGUGUCUGUCUACCAUUCCAGCAUCUCCUCGUAAUUAUUCAAUUUUGUGACAUCUACCCACUUUUUUAAAGACAAAGUUCUUUGGUUUUAAUUCCCGAUAUAUAUUUUUUAAUUGAUGACAUUCGCGUCUAAUUCUGGGGUAUUAUUUUAUUAGGUGCGUUAUCUCCUGUCGCUUUGUAAUGUUCCAAUCAGUUUGGCGUUGCUGUUUUUUCAGCCGGCGGUGUUUUAUUUCCAGGAGUUUUUGUUCUUAACUUCAAAGUGCCCAAUCAUCCUUUUAAUCCCCCUGCAUUAAACUCUUCCUAUAGAAGAAUACAGUCCUCGUGGCUACAUCUCAGAGUGAACGAACCAGACCUCUCAUGGCAGUAGUUUCGCAUGGAAUAGCGACACCUGAGUACUGACACCUAGUUUCUGCUCUCUUCAGAAACAGAUUGAUCAUGGUCGCCGGGAUCCGUGUUCUCAUGGUACUGCUGAUCUGUCAGGUGCUGUUCGGGCGUUCGACCGGACUGAUUCCCGAGGCGGGCCGACGGAAGUACGGCGAGAUGGCCGGACAGAGCCCAGAGCAGUCGGACCGCUUCCUCGGCGAGUUUGAACUUCGUCUCCUCAAUAUGUUCGGACUGAAGCGGAGGCCGACCCCGAGCAAACUCGCGGUGAUACCACAAUACAUGCUGGACCUUUACCAUUGGCACGCGGGGAAUGCGGACCAGAGCCUCGGCGGGAACUCCGCGGCGAAGCGUUCAGAUUUCGCCGCGAGCAGAGCCAACACAAUUAGGAGUUUUCACCACGAAGAGUCUAUGGAGGUGCUGAGCAGCCUGGAGGGGAAGACCACACAGCGCUUCCUCUUCAACAUCACCUCCAUCCCUGGGGAGGAGCUCGUCACCUCCGCCGAGCUCCGGAUCUUCCGGGACGGGGCGACGUCGGAUUCCGCCGCCGCCGCCGCCAACAGCAGCGCCGGCCUGCACCGCAUCAACAUCUACGAGAUCUUUAGGCCCGCCCCUUCCCGGAACGAGGAGCCAAUGGCGCGGCUCCUGGACACGCGGCUGGUGCGGGAGGGACAGAGCGAGUGGGAGAGCUUCGACGUCAGCCCGGCGCUGGCCCGAUGGACCGCCGACGGCGGGGCCAAUCACGGCCUGGCGGUGGAGGUGGAGCACCUGGGCGGGGGGGCGGAAGGGGAGGGGCAGGGGCGGAGGCACGUGAGGGUCAGCAGGUCCCUGCACGGGGACGAGGACACCUGGCCGCAGGCGCGCCCCCUGCUGGUGACUUUCGGGCACGACGGCAAGGGCCAUGCCCUGCGGCGUCGCGAGAAGCGGCAGGCGCGCGCCAAACCGCGGAAGAAGCAGCGGGCCAACUGCCGCCGGCACCCGCUGUACGUGGACUUCAGCGACGUGGGCUGGAACGAGUGGAUCGUGGCGCCGCCCGGCUACCAGGCCUUCUACUGCCAUGGCGAGUGCCCCUUCCCGCUGGCCGACCACCUCAACUCCACCAACCACGCCAUCGUGCAGAACCUGGUCAACUCGGUCAACACCAACAUCCCCCGGGCCUGCUGCGUGCCCACCCAGCUCAGCCCCAUCUGCCUGCUUUACCUGGACGAGUACGAGAAGGUCAUCCUCAAAAACUACCAGGACAUGGUGGUGGAGGGGUGUGGCUGCCGGUGAACUCCGCCCCCUUUUCUCUCCUCCCCUCUCCCUCUCUCACAAUGAAGAUUUUUAUUUAUAUCAAAGACAUGCAAUCUAAACAGUUAUUUCGACCGAAAAAAGUUAUAUAUGGAUAUAUUUAUGUCUACUUAAGUGUCAGGAAAAUAAAUAUUCUAUUUAGAGGAAUUAAUCCUUUUUUUGGAUUCAAAAUGUAUUUCUGAUGUAAAUUUUUUUAAAUGGGUGCAAUACCACACAUGAAGUAUAAUGCUCAGAUUUUUAUUUUGUAUUUAUUUCUAUUAUAACCACUUUGUUUUUGUAAAUAAGUUAUGUUGUAUUUAUGUGUAAUCGUACGGAAAUAUAGACUCUGAACUCUUUUGACCAGAA